AUGGAUUGUGUAGCCAGAGAAGAACCCUAUGGGAAGGUUGUUAACAUACUAGGUUGGAGACAUACAAUAAAAUACAAAGUUUUCUCCAGUAAGCUCCAGACUGAUGGUGACAGAGAUCUAACAUCACAGCAAGGACACAUGGACAAACCACAUGACUCCAGAGACCAAGAAGAUUACCUUCUCAGAUUUUCCCUGGAAAAUCUCAAUGUUAAUAUUAAAGUAUUUGCACAGGCUAAAGGAAUCAACUCUCAUGUUCUUAAGGCUUUGGACUUUCUUCUUGUGUGUGUUCUCAAGAGAAAUCUUGUUUGUUCAUGGUGGUACUCAAAACUGAAUUGUCCUUUCCAUCUUGGGACCUGCAGACUGGCUCCUGCAAAGAAAGGUGGAGAGAAGAAGAAGGGCCGUUCUGCCAUCAAGGAAGUGGUGACCCAAGAAUGCAAGCGGAUCCAUGGAGUGGGCUUUAAGAAGCGUGCCCCUCGGGCACUCAAAGAGAUCUGGAAAUUUGCUGUGAAGGAGAUGGGGACUCCAGAUGUGCACAUUGAUACCAGGCUCAACAAAACUGUCUGGGCCAAAGGAAUAAGUAAUGUCCCAUAUCCUAUCUGUAUGUGGUUAUCCAGAAAAAGGAAUGAGGAUGAAGACUCACCAAACAAGCUCUAUACUUUGGUGACCUAUGUUCAUGUUACCACAUUCAAAAAUUUGCAGUCAAUGUGA